UGAGUUUUUUGUGUACAUAGCAACAGGCAGCUCAUAGCAACGCUGUUGGACAAAUGGUUUUCUUUCUUCUCUGGGUUGCUAUCAAAUGUGUCAUGUAUGCUUCUGGAUAAUUUAACGGGAUAUGGAAUUAAAACGCACUAGCAUUUAGCUGACGUUAGCAGUCACACAACACUGGCGCCUGCCCUUCUCCUACAGCUGGACGGAGCUACUGUAGCUAACGAUAGCCAUCACGCCCAUCUGAAAGAUGUCUCUUGAAGAUUGUCCUCGUCCGUCGGAUGAAGAGGAGCUUUUCUACACGCAGUGCAGAGCCACUUACCUCGCUGUGUUCAGAUCUAGUUUGACAAAUAUCUCUUCGAAACAGCAGCUAUCUCGUGUUCUUCAACAAGCAGGAAGAAAUCCAUCUCUUGCCACUCUCAACAAAUACUGGACCCCAAGAACUUCAAAGCUGAACUUUGAUGACUUCUGUGAGAUUCUAAAGCAUGAAAAGAAAACUGAGAACACCGAGCUGAUGAGAGCAUUCAAAAAGAUGGAUAUGAACAAUGAUGGCUACAUCACACACAGUGAACUGGAACAGGCCCUCACCACUAGAGGAGAAAAAAUGAGCACUGAGGAGGUGAAUGCAAUUUUCUUAUUAGCUGAUGUUAACAAGGAUGGCAAACUGGACUAUGCUGAGUUCUGCAGAUUGCUUGUGUCUACAGCAGAACGGUGUCAGGCUGCCGCUUUGGAGAGGCUUGAGGCUGAUGCCAAGCUGAAGGUACAGAACUUUGGCAGUCAGUCGUACAGCCCUCCAAAGAACUCUGUGUCAUCAACGUCAUCAGCACAAGUGGCAGCAACUCAACCUCAGCCCCCAGAAACGUCAGACACAGCAUUCAGAAAAGACAGCAGAUCAUCGUCUCGUCCCUCCUCGGCUCGCAGCAGACGCUCGUCUCUGGCCAACUCCAUCACUAUGACAUCCAGCAGCGCUAAGUCCAGCAAAACACCAGAGCCUGCAGACUUACAGGAGUGGCAUCACAGUUUUAUGAAGGGAUGUUUCUUUUUGGAGGUUGAUGGGAGUAUCAGCUCUCUGCAGUACCAGCUCCAUGUCCCAGAGACAACCAACGUCUACCUCACCAUUCAACCACUCAGCCUCAGCCACAGACCUGACAAAAGUUCACCCUGGAUGACAGUGGAUACAGCUCUUUUUAUGACAUCGGUCGGUGACACCAAAGAGGACUCGACUUUAGUGCAUUUCACAGAGUCAAAGGACAAAGAGAAGUAUGUUUGGAAAGGAGAACUGAGCGCUGGGACCUACUAUCUGCUGCCCUUCACCAGUGGCUGCAGACUGAAGAAAAGAAGCAAAAAGAGUCUCUCCAAUAAAACUGUGGAGCUCGUCUACAAGACUGACACUGGAGAACUAGACCUCACCAGAGAGCUCAGGGAGGCGCUGACAGACAUCUUUGAGGUUAUAGACCUGGAUGGAAAUGGUUUGCUCAGUCUGGAAGAGUACAACUUCUUUGAGCUGAGGACCAGUGGAGAGAAGUGUGACAAGGAUGCCUGGGCUGUCUGCAAAGAAAACUUUGAUAUGAGAAAGAACCAGCUGACUCGGCAGGGCUUCAUGGAGCUGAACUUGAUGGAGGCCACAGAGAAAGACGGAGACGCUGCAGAUCUGUGGGUCACCCUGGAAGCCAUGGGCUACAACCGCAUGCUGGAGCUGGUAGAGGCUUGCCCAUUUCAGAUAGACGUUCACUCUGAAGGUACUCAGCUGUCUCUUCAGCCACUCAGCAUGGAGUCAGGGCCCAAGCUUCUGAACCAGGCUCUCCAGAAGUCCAUCAUGGCCAAGACAGGCGCCAAAGCACUGAGGGGACAGGAAAAUAUUCUCAUCUACACCUACAGAGGGGAGCACAGGAUCUCCUCUCUCAUAGCCAACAAGACCAACCAGAAAGUGACUGUGCAUGUGAACAAUGAGCAGAGCAGGAACUGCAGCAGCAGUAGAGGCAUUAGUGUGUUUGCCGUGGAGGUCCCAGCACGGACAAAGAUGAUGUGCCAGCAUGUCCUGCCCAUCAGUGACAAGCAGGACUGGACCUAUAACUGUGUGGAGACCAUACUGACAUACACUUAAAGGUGAACUACUGUGAAACAUUAAAGGUUCGGCUGUGCUACUGCUACAAAAUAGUGACAGGCCAAUAUUUAAUUAUAGAUCUGUGGUAUCACAUAGAGUACAUUAUGAAAAUAGAUAGUUAUAUAUCUACUGGCAAUAUGAAAAAUGUUUUAAAUGGUUGUUCAAAACUACUAUGUGUCAUUUUACAGUAAAUAGCAAUUUCAAAAAGGAA